AUGCCACGGCCGAUCAUGGGUGUAGGACAUAGCGCUGGGGGAUCGCAGCUAAUACUUUUAUCACUAAUGCACCCUCGCUUGUUCUCAUCAUUAACGCUAUUGGACCCCUACCUGAUCCCCGAUAACCGGGAUGCCGAUGCUCUGACUCUGGUCUACCUGACAGUGACGCGAAGGGAUAUCUGGUCCUCUCGGAAAGAAGCAGAAAAGUUUAUACGCAGAGCUCUACGCAGCUGGGAUCCACGUGUGCUCGACCGCUGGGCCCGUUAUGGUUUACGCAAUCUACCAACUGCGAUACAUCCCGACGCCAACAAGGAUAAGGGGGAUAAUGAGGUCCCAGUGACACUAACCACCACAAAACAUCAAGAAGCAUUUACACUUGCUCGUGCGAACUUAGAAGGGCACACACAGCUGGGCUUGUCUGAGAGUGAGAGAGCAGCUAGCCUUGAGAUGGUGGGCAAAGCCCAUGAUGCACUUUUUCUACCUGACAUUCUCGGGCCUCUCUUGGAUGGACAGAAGUUUUACCGCCCAGAAUAUGUCCUUGCAUACCGUCUGCUACCCCACCUUCGACCCGGGGCUCUAUUCGUCAGUGGUACUGAAAGUGGCCUAUACGAAAAAGGACAUCAUAGCGACGCCGUCAAAAUGGCAGGCGCCGGAUUUUCUGGUAGUGGCGGCCAACAGUAUUCUCGUGUAAAACAUAUCGUCAUGGACAAAGGGCAUCACACAUUCCCAAUGGAAAUGGUGACCCAAACGGCAAGCUGUAUCGGGCCGUGGAUUGCGGCGGAAGGUGAGCGUUGGCGCAUGGAUGAAGAAAGAAUUGCCGCCGGGUGGGAAGGACUACCUGUCAAGGAAAGGUCCACCAUCCCGGAGGACUGGAAGGCGCCACUGAGUAUCUGGAAACCCGUUGAUAAACGACUCGCCAAACUAUAA